AUGCUCGCCCUGUCCGUGGCUACCGCCUGCGACCCUCGCCCCCGCGUUGCGCAGCCUUGCGUCUCGCUGGCGCGCGAGCGCUCCUGCAGCCCCUUCUGCGCGCCGCCAGCCCACGCGGGCGAGCCGGAUGCGGCGGCGGUCGAGUCGUGCGGCGGCGGCGACGACUGGACGCAUGGGGCCGUCUGGCGAGGUGGCGAGCUGCUUGCGGAGCUGCUGCACGCGCAACCCUGCCUUGUGCGAGGGCGCGGGGUGCUCGAGAUCGGUGCGGGGACCGGAGGGCGGUUCGAGCUUGUGCUGGCUGCAGACGUGGUGAGCCGCCAGGCGCUCGGCGCCGGCCUGAGGGGCUUCGGCGGCGCGUGCGGCAGAGUCGAGCUGGGCGCAAAGGCGGCCCUCUUUGAGGCAGGAGCUCGUACGCCGUAG